CAGGUGGCAAACAUUUAUAUUUAGAAAUUUAGUGCAAGAGAAAUAAAAAACAAAAAUUAUAAAACAAAAUUGAAUUGACCUUAUUUAAAGCAAAAACAAAAAAAAUGGGCUAUAAACACAAUUUUCAGCAAUACGUAACAUAAAAUGCUGGCAUUUUGAAAAAUUUAAAAAAAAAGAAAGAUAUUUAAGCGCAAUAUUUUGGAAAAGAAACAACAUGGGUAGUAAUUUGGAGAACGAUUUCACGUUAAACGAUUCAAGUUAUAGCAGUGAUGAGGAUCUUAUUAGUAAAUUUCUAAAAAUAAAAUCACAAAAAUCUUUGAGUUUAUCAAGAAAUGAUGAAAACUUUGAAUGUACCAAAGUUGUAGAGGUUUUCAUAACAAAAGAUGGAAAAAUUUUUGCUCAAUGUAGUAUUUGCCUUUAUAAAACGGAAAUUGAAAACAUGAAUUACUUACUAAAGCAUUUUAUAGAUAAUCACGCUAUAUGCAGAAUUGUUCAAAAUGUUGAAAACCUUAUUACUAAUUAUAAAAACCGUGAUGAACCGGAAAUUUUUGAAAGCAAAUACAAUAAUACUGAAGGAUUAAAUUUCAUGAAUAAUAUUGAAAUUGAAAAUGUUCAUCAACAAACUGAAAUAAAAGCAAUAUGUGCAAUACCUUCAGACAUGUUUGAAGCAGAAAAUUUGAAAUUUGAAAAUGUUAGUGAUCAAUCGAGUUCGUCGUGUGUAGAAGAAUUAUUUGAAUUAAACAAAUUAACUUCACUAAAAAAUGAUUUUGAGAACAAUAUAAUAGAUUUUGAUGAGAAUGAAUCAAAUAACGAAUAUAUAACAGAAUGUAAAGAUGAAUAUUGUGACAGUAUAAUAUUAGAGGAGAAAAUGCUUGAUAAUAAAUUAAUUAAAUCCAUUGAUGCAUGUGAAGAAAAUCCAAAUUUCGAUAUUUCAAAUCAAAGUGACGCUCAAAAAUCUGAUGAAGAAUUUUAUCAAAAAUUAGCCGGUUUAAGUUCCGAUCAAUCGUUAUGCCAUAUAUGCAAUAUUAAGUUCCGUCAUAUUUCGCGACAUUAUAAAAAUCGACAUCCUGAAAUAAUACUUUGUGAGAUUGGAAAAUGUUUUCAAACCUUUAACACAUUACCAGAAUUGAAUAUACAUCAAGAAAGGUUUCACAAUGAUCCAGACCAUGCUUUUACAUGUAUUAUUUGCUCUUAUAAAACAAAUAAUUUAUAUUCUUUUCGAUUUCAUUAUCAACGUGUGCAUUUGAACAUAAAAGGUUUCGAUUGUGAUUUUUGUGAUAUGAAAUUUUUUUCAAAUUAUGAAAAAGUAAAACAUAUGAGAAGCCAUACUGGUCAAAAACCAUAUAAUUGUAAAUUAUGCAAUUCAAAAUAUCCAACAAAACAACAAUUGAAUUUGCAUAUUCAGAAAUAUCAUUCUGAGCCACUUUUUGAUUGUAAAAUUUGUAAUAAAAAAUUUCAUCGACAACAAACCUUAAAAGAACAUCAGAUGACAAAGCAUGCAGAAAAUGAAAAAAAAGUAAUUUGUGAAAUUUGUGGCGAUCGAUUUUUUUUGAAAAAACAUAAGAGAGAUCAUUUUAAUAACAUUCAUAAUCCAGAUCGUAAACGUUGGACUUGCACUGAUUGCGGAAAGUCUUUUAGCAGAAAUUCCAAUCUCAGAUAUCAUAAAGCCAUACACAAUUUAGAAGACUAAGCAUCUUUAAAUUUAUUUAAAUUAUGUUAAUAUUUUUGCAAAUCAUAUAGGUAUAUUGUUCUUACCAUUUGAAAUGCGUAUACAUAUAUGUAUAUAUUAAAGAAAUUACAGCGUAAUUAUGUACGCCCUGUACCAUAUAAAUCCCGAGAUUUCUCAAAGUAUUAACUAUUUUUUAAUUAAAUUAUAUAAUAUAUUUUGCUACAUGUACCUAUUUAAAUAUAAUGAUUUUGUUAUUCUUAAUUUAAAUAUGUUUGUCGGAAAUGUAUAUUUGCUAGAAUAAGUUUAGUUUUGUAAAAAUGUUAUUCAUAAAUAAGUACCU